CCUUUAUUUGUUCAUUAAUCUAUACAAAACUAACAAAGUAACAGCCACAUGAUGGAAACAGAGUAGAGAGAAGAAGAAGACGUUUGUUGCAGGAAAUGGCGAUUCCGAUGACAAGAAUGAUGGUUCCUCAGGUAAGCUCUUCGCUUCGUCUCUCGCAUCCGAAUCUAUCCAACUCCACUCGCGUUCCUUUGCUCUGUCGCUGUGCUCCAUCACAACUCCAACCACUUCGGUCUGGACUCUCUCUGUCGGCAGGAGCUCACGCCAUCCCGCAUCCAGAUAAGAUAGAGAAAGGUGGGGAAGAUGCUCUCUUUGUAAGUAGCUACAGAGGUGGUGUCAUAGCUGUUGCUGAUGGUGUUUCCAGCUGGGCUGAACAAGAUGUUGAUCCGUCCUUGUUCUCCAAAGAGCUCAUGGCUAAUGCUUCUCGUCUAGUUGAUGACGAAGAGGUGAGAUAUGAUCCUGGUUUCCUUAUUGAGAAAGCUCACACCGCAACUACUUCCAGAGGUUCUGCUACAAUUAUUGUAGCAAUGCUUGAGGAAGUUGGUGUUCUGAAAAUAGGCAAUGUUGGAGACUGUGGACUUAAGCUUAUUCGACAAGGUCAGAUCAUAUUUUCGACUACUCCACAAGAGCAUUAUUUUGACUGUCCCUUCCAACUAAGCUCUGAAGGCUCUGCUCAAACCUAUAUGGAUGCAUCGUUUAACAUAAUGGAAGUAAAGAAAGGAGACGUGAUUGUGAUGGGUUCAGACGGGCUUUUUGAUAAUGUGUUUGAUCAUGAGAUUGUUAAUAUAGUGACCAAACAUACAGAUGUGGCAGAAUCAUCGAGAUUGCUAGCUGAAGUGGCGAGUAGCCAUUCAAGAGAUCCAGGGUUUGAGUCUCCAUAUGCAUUGGAAGCAAGAGCCAAGGUAGGUUUUUUAAUCAAACCCAAUAAUGGAUUCUCCGGUUUGCCUUCUGACUCCCAUGCACACAGGGGUUUGAUGUUCCUCUCUGGAAGAAGGCAUUGGGAAUGAAGCUUACAGGAGGGAAGCUUGAUGAUGUGACUGUAAUCGUUGCCCAAGUGGUGGACUCUUGAGUUUUAUGUGAUCUUUUCUCAUUAUUCUCUUGUACAAAGAAACUUGUCAUUGUAUUGGAGGAUCUUAUCAAAGAAAUUGGAAUCUUUAUCCUUGUGAA